GUUGAGUUGAGGAGACCCAAACCCUUUCUCCUCAAACAGCUGUUCAUAGCUGUCCCAAUCUUAAUCUCUCUCUCUCUCUCCCAUGUGACCCCACUGCACAAACACAUAGAUGCAGAUACCCCCAGAGAUUUAUUGGGAUUUUAAAAAAGAAAAGGAAAUUAAAUAAUUAAUUAGAGAUGAUGAUUAUUACUACUAUGCAUAUCCAAAAGAAAAAAAAGAAAAAGAAGUUGAUGAUGGUGGUUAUAUGUGAUUUAGUUAUUUUGUUAUUGUUGUUGUUGCAAUCCUCUUUCUCUUCUCAACCUUUGAUUCUUCUUUCUUCCUCUAACAUUCCCCUCCUAUUGGUUUCUCAGUAAUAAAUAUAAACAUUUCUUUAUAUAUAUAAAAAGGCUUUCUUAGAAGCUCCUUUCUUCACUUCUUUCUCUCCUUCUUCCUUCCACCUUUGGUUUUUCAAGUGCAUAUCAUCACACAAAAAUAUUUGCAACUAAAUAGAUAUAUAGAAUUGGAAAGUUUUUGCAGCUAAACAAGUUUGUUUAUUAUUAUUAUUAUCAAGAUUCAAGAGUGAAAUCCUUUUAUCUUCCAAAUCCAUUUUAUUGGCGAAAUGGCACAAUUGCCGCCAAAGAUUCCAAACAUGGCAAGUAAUAAUUGGCCUGAGUUUUCAUCAAAUCAAAAUCAUCAUCACCAAAAGAUGCCUUCUCUCACAAGCAUUUCAACAAACACAAACCGCGCCCAAAACCAACAACAGCAGCAAAACCCUUCCUGGGUUGACGAGUUUCUGGACUUCUCGUCGGCGAGGCGCGGGGCCCACCGACGAUCCAUGAGCGACUCCAUUUUCGUGGAGUCGCCGAGGCACAUUAACAACAGCAGCAGCAACGGCGACGGCGGCGGCGAAGACGAGUUUGAGAGGUUUGAUGAUUAUCAAUUCAUGAACAUGUUCAGUGAUGAGGUAGUUUCCGGCGGUGAUAACAAUACUAACAACUCCAUGAAUAUGAUGACGAUGAUGACGGAUAAUGAGAGAGACACAAACAACAAAGAGAUCAAUAAGGAUGAUGAUCAUCAUGAUCAUGAUCAUGAUCAGCAACAAGUGAAGGUAGAAUCCGAUGAAGAUGAAAGCCAAUGCAACAAUAAAGCUCUGGAUAAUGAUGAUGAUAGCAGUAAGAAUAACAAUAAUAACUCCAAUGCAAAUGCUGCUACUACAAAUUCCAGUGAAAAAAUUACAGACCCCAAGAGGGUAAAAAGGAUUUUGGCUAAUAGACAAUCAGCACAAAGAUCAAGAGUGAGGAAGCUGCAAUACAUAUCAGAGCUUGAGCGCAGCGUAACUUCAUUACAGGCGGAAGUUUCAGUAUUAUCACCGCGGGUGGCAUUUUUGGAUCACCAACGUUUGCUUCUAAAUGUUGAUAACAGUGCUCUCAAGCAAAGAAUCGCAGCUUUGGCACAGGACAAGAUCUUCAAAGAUGCUCACCAAGAAGCACUGAAAAGGGAGAUAGAGAGACUAAGGCAAGUGUAUCACCAAUUAAACGUGAAGAAGAAUAUGGAAAUUGCUUCAGCCACAGUGUCACCUUCAAUAUCUCCAUCUUCAACCAGACCACGUUGUGAUACUCAGAAUAAUGAAAAGGAACAGCUUAUCAAUGUUUGAAUAAAAAAUAAUAAUAAUAAAAAAGUGGAAAAAAAACCCUACCCAAUACAAGACUCUCACCCUAUUAUUAGUACUACAUUGAUCAAGGGUAGCUAGGUAUAGCUAGUGUAUAGUGUGAGUGAUUCUUUGUUUCUUUCUUUCUUUUAUUUUAUUCAAAGAGGAAGGAAUAAUAGUACCGAAAAAGAAAGAAAAAAAUGAGGUGAAAUUAUUGAAAUUUAAAGGGAAAAAAAAAGAGGAAAAAAAUUGUGACUUAUUGUGAUGUAAUUGAAUUGAAUGGUGUCACGUACUGUUGGGUAGUGAGGGUGGUGAGAAUUUUUAUUAGGGUAACUUAAUUGAUGGGAAAGAAAGAAAGAAAAAUGAGAGAAUUGAGAAGGGGCUCACAUUAUAUAUCAUAUAACAUAAUUAUGAUGAUUUAUGAUUUGGGAGGUAUUUAAAUGAAGAUAUUAAAAAUAUUUUUUUAUAAAAAUAUUUUGUAUAAUAAUGUGAUUUCAUUUAUUUGGUCAUAUAUUUUUAUAAUAUAUUAAAAUUUAAUCUUAUAAUUUAUUAUUUAAGAGUUAAAUUUUUUUUAUAUAAAUACAAUUAUAAAAUUUUCAUUAGAGUAUCACAAUUUAUGAGUGGUGAGGCCAUGUUGGUGAUGGUGGUGGUAAGCUUUUGCUAUCAAAGCUGAGGAGUCACGUGAUGUGUUUUACUUUUAAAAGAGAGAAAAAUAAAAAAUAAAAAAUGGGACCACUCAAAGAUGCAUGAUUGGAAUACAGGGAAACACAUGUGCACUAGUGGCAUCAAACAGAGAGAAAGGUGGGAGGUAUAUGUCGGAGAUUCUUUCAGUUUUUUUUUACUUGUUUUUAAAUGUAUUUGUUAUUGUCUUUGAUUAUUUUUUAUUUUAUUUUGUUUUGGGUAAUUUAAUUAUUUUUGGUGUUUUUCAAUUCCAAGUUGGAAAACAGAGAGUAGUGGUGGUGGGUUUGUGUUGGGAUGGAUGAAAGGAGGGUAUGUCAGUGAAGUGUUGUUGGCUCCUCUUUGAGUUUUGUUUGUACUUUACAUUAUUAUAAUUACUGUUUUCCAUGGUUAUGUAAUUAUCUUAAUUUGACA